GAUUAAAAGGCUUAGUCAUCAAAGUCAUCAUUGAUGGAAGCUCUCCUACUACUUUUUAUACUGUUUUUCUACUCUUCUAUACCCAAGAUUUCUACCACAACAGAUGUAAUCACUACAAAUCAGUUCAUCACAAAUGGUGAAACUGUUGUUUCAUCUGGUGGAACCUUUGAGAUGGGGUUUUUCAGCCCCACCGGUUCCUCAAAACGAUAUAUUGGGAUAUGGUACAAGCAAAUUCUUCCUCACGUGCAAACAGUUGUAUGGGUUGCCAACAGAGAACAACCACUCACAAACACAUCUUCUGCUGUUUUUAAGGUCACCAAACCUGGGAUACUUAUUAUUUUUGGUGACAAGAAUGAAAUUAUAUGGUCCACUAACACCUCACGAUCAGUCCAAAAUCCAGUUGCACGACUUUUGGAUUCGGGUAAUCUUGUUGUGAAAGAUGCAAAUGAUGGAAACCCAGAAAAUUUCCUUUGGCAGAGCUUCAAUUUUCCAACUGAUACGUUCUUGCCUAAGAUGAAGCUUGGCAAAAAUUUUAAAACUGGUCAUGAGGUAUACCUUUCAGCUUGGAAGAACGUUAAUGAUCCAACUCCAGGGGAAUUCACUCUCCACAUUGAUCCUACUGGAUAUCCACAGGCCCUCAUCAGACGUGGCACAAGGGUAUCAGCUCGAGCAGGACCAUGGAAUGGUUUACGAUGGAGUGGAGCACCCGCACCACUACAAAUACAGAACAACAUAUAUACAGUUCAAUUUGAUUUCAAUGAGGAGGAGGUUUACUAUAGUUUUUCUAUCAUUAACGGUUCGGUGUUAUCAAGGCUAGUCAUGACUAACAAUGGCUAUGUACAACGGUUGACGUGGGUGGAUCGAACCAAGAGUUGGCAUCUUUACCUCAACAUUCCUCUGGAUACUUGCGAUACUUAUAGAUUAUGUGGUGCCUAUGGGAGCUGUGUCAUAGAUAGUUCCCCUAUUUGUGGAUGUUUGGAAAAGUUUGUACCUAAAUAUCCACAACAAUGGGAAACGGGAGAUUGGUCAGAAGGGUGUGUUCGGAGGAAACCAUAUCACUGCAACAAGGAACAUGUAUUUCUAAAAUAUUCUGGAAUUAAGUUGCCGGAUACUGAGCACUCUCAGUACAAUAAAACCAUGACACUCGAAGACUGUAGGCAAGUAUGCUCCAGGAACUGCUCUUGCACAGCUUAUUCAAGUCUAGAUAUAAGCAAUGGAGAUAAAGGUUGCUUGUUUUGGUCUGGAGAGUUGAUUGAUAUUAGAAAGCUCUCUGGAAGAGGACAAGAUAUUUAUAUCAAGGUGGAUUCUUCAGAGACUGUAUCUGAGGCAGGUUCAAAUAGAAUGAAGGAAAAUAUACUCGCGGUGAGUUUCUCGUUGUUGAUGGCAAUGAUUCUCCUAGGACUGAUUUUGUUUUUGUACAUAUGGAAAAAGAAGAAGAAACUAAAACUCCAAGACGAGUUUGAGCUGCCAAUGUUCCAAUUGUCGACAAUAACAAGAGCCACAAAUAACUUUUCGGACAAUAACAAAAUUGGAGAGGGUGGAUUUGGACUCGUUUAUAAGGGAGUGCUGGAAGAGGGACAAGAAAUUGCCGUGAAGAGACUCUCAAGAACAUCCAUGCAAGGACUUGAUGAAUUCAAGAACGAAGUUAUCUAUAUUGCCAAGCUUCAGCAUCGAAAUCUUGUGAAACUUCUGGGUUGUUGCAUUCAAGGGGAAGAAAAGAUGUUGAUCUAUGAAUACAUGCCUAACAAAAGCCUGGAUUCAUACAUAUUUGAUAAAACAAAGAGCACAUUACUUGAUUGGCCAAAGCGUUUCGACAUCAUAAGCGGAAUUGCUCGUGGCUUAUUAUAUCUUCAUCAAGAUUCUCGACUACGAAUUAUCCAUAGAGACCUUAAAGCAAGCAAUGUUUUGCUAGAUACAAAUAUGAAUCCUAAGAUAUCAGAUUUUGGCAUGGCUAGAAGUGUUGCAGGAAAUGAGAUGGGAGCAAAAACAUGCAAUGUGGUUGGGACACAUGGUUACAUGUCCCCUGAAUAUGCAGUAGAUGGGAUCUUCUCGAUAAAAUCAGAUGUAUUUAGCUUUGGCGUCUUGUUGUUAGAGAUUGUGAGUAGCAACAGAAAUAGAGGAUUUGUCCAUCAAGAUCACAACCUUAACCUUCUCGGUCAUGCAUGGAAGCUUUAUAAAGAAGAUAGGUCAUUGGAACUAACCGAUGAGCAGCUGCUAGCUAAUUCUUGUCAUUUUUCUCAAGUUUUAAGGUCAAUCGAAGUGGGUCUAUUAUGCGUGCAACAAUGCCCAGAAGAUAGGCCAAACAUGUCUUCUGUGGUUCAGAUGUUGAGUAAUGAGAAUCUAUUGCCAAAAGCUAAAGAACCAGGUUUUUUCAUGGAAAGAAAGGUACGUGAUGCAGAAAACUCAGGAUCGCAGACAGGAAGUUCAAAAAAUGAAGUCACAAUCACAUUGUUAGAACCUCGGUAGGGUAUGAACAAGAUAACUAUUUUGACAUGUGUGCACAUGAACGGUAAUUUCAGAAAUAACAUAGAACUUCGAUUCUAGCUGAAGAUGUUAUCUACUUAUGGAUGAAAUCUUCUUCUAUUUCUAUUGUUCUUUGAUUAGAAAUAUUAGAUAUGUUUAUAUCACAAAACUUCUAAAGAUGUUCAUGUGUUU